AUGAUAGGUGGCAACAYUUCAAAUUUUAGCUCGGACAGCCACGCUUUCCUCGAGUUUCCUCCACCUAUUCGGCCUUUUCGACACAAAGUACCAUUAACAGUGGCAUACAGUAUUCUUUUCGCUGUUUCUUUUAUUGGAAACACACUUAUCAUAUGGAUUGUCCACAAGGACCGUAGAUUGAGGAACACGACCAACUUCUUGGUGACAAACAUGGCUGUAAGUGAUCUUAUUUCAACUCUUUUCGGAACUCCUCUUCAAAUUGUUUACAUAAACUUCAACAGCAGAUGGCUCAUAGGUGGUGAAAUUGGUAAUGCUUUGUGUAAAAUGACGCCAUUUGCCGGAGAAGUCUCGUCGACUGUUUCAUUUUACAGUUGUGUCUUUAUCGCAGUCGAUCGGUAUCACGCUGUAGCCAAUCCACUGAAAAGACCCUUGCAGCUAAGGAUAAAGUACAUCAUAGUAGCGAUUUGGACCCUCUCGGGUUUGCUCAACUCGCCCUACUUGUAUUUCUUUAGUAUUUUUAAGCAAAACGGACUGUACUACUGCCGCCAUCUUUCAAAAGUGUUCUCCAUAUUUGUGAAGUUCCGAAAUGCUUCUCUUUCACUAAGUGCAGCUUUUCCAGCUCUGGCUGUAACAAUAACUUACGCACUAAUUGUCUACAAACUUUACACUCGCGAAGUCCCUGGAGAGAGCAUUGAAAGGACAGCGAAACGGAGACAAAGACAAAACAAGAAUGUUUUAAAAAUGUCCGUAGCUAUAGUAGUACUGUUGUAUCUUAGCUAUGGGCUACAUUUCAUUGUUUCUAUUUUGUUCAGCCAUGGACUGUUGAAUAAUCUUUCGUUUUCCUCCCGAGAGGAUCUAAUGGUGGCAACAUUUUUUAUGUUACACGCAAGCCUUGCGUACAACUUUUUUAUUUAUCUUAAAUUCAACAACAUUUACCGCGAAAAUGUUAAAAAAUUGUUAGCAAWAUGCUGUCUUCAUGUACGAUUAACAAGCUCAAAGAAAGCUGAAAUCCGGAACAAAAGCAACAUAGKGAASAGCGGAGAAAGUACCAUCGAGACGGGAUCUUCAGAAGUAGUGAAACUCCAAGCAAUCCGAGUUUUCCUCAUAUCUGAUAAUAUGGGUUAUAACUCUACUAACUGA